UGAACCGCGUCAGUGUUUGACGCCUAUAUAAAGGAUGCCAUCCUUGUCCACGUCCAUCCACAGCUUCCCUUCCUUAGCAUCUCCGAACAAGUGGUAGAUCGAGCUCCACAAUGGCGCUCCUACCUCGGCGGUUUCUGUUCGGAGUUUGCGCUGUAGUGCUGGUGAUCGGCCUCGCAAACUCUGUGCACGGCGAGGCGGCGCCGGUCGUGGUCGGCCUGGCCAGGUGCUCGGACUGCACAAGGAAGAACAUGAAUACCGAGGCAGCUUUCAAAGGUCUCCAAGCCGCUGUCAAGUGUAAGAAUGGCGAGGGCGAGUACGAGAGCAAGGCCGCGGGGCAUGUGGACAAUUCCGGCGCCUUCAGCGUCCCCCUGAACGUGGGCCUCGUCGGCGAUGACGGCGAGCUGAAGCAGGACUGCUUCGCGCAGCUCCACAGCGCGUCUGGUGCGCCGUGCCCCGGGCAAGAGCCCUCCAAGAUCAUCGCGGCACGGCCCGGCCGCGACGGCCAGACGACUUUCGUGGCGCUCGCCGGCGAGGUGCACCGACCGUUGGCUGAAUGCGCCUCGGCGUUCUUGUGCCAUCCUCUGCACAAUCACCACCUGGCCGUCUUCCACAAGCCCGUGAUUGUCCGUCCCAAGCCCGAUCAUUACCAUGAUCAUGACCACGAUCAUGGCCACGAUCACGAUCAUGAUCAUCACCACGACCAGGAUCUCCCGCCUGCUGUCAACAAGCCGCCAACGACGCCGGUGUACACGCCGACGAUGCCAACCCCCACGCCGAUCUACCAUCCCACGGCCCAGCGUGACGCCGUCACGGAGCCACAGCUCUUCAAGAAGAUGCUCCUGUUCCUCAAGAAGCUACCGUUCUUCCCUCCUGCCAAGCAGAGCGGCAAGCCGUAGAUAGUUUUGUCCGCGGCGGAGCGAGGCUGCUCGCUCUUUUGGUUGAAGCCACACACGAUUUUUUCCACAAAAUAAUGUUUGCGAGGAUGAUUGUUAGUUGGGUUGAGAGCGUUCCAUUUCUGGAGUAGUUCGAUCUUGCUUGUUUUGUGUGUUUGUUUCACUCUCAUGUAUCGUGUGUAAUACUAUGUUGGAAAUAUGAUUGUUAUAUCUCA